AUGGAGUCGGUGGCGCUGGUGGCGCCGGUAACGGCGCUGGAGUUCGCGGGGGACGUGCUGCUGGCGGGUGAGCGGCGGGACGGGGCCGGGGCCGGGGCCGGGGCCGGGGCCGGGCGGCGGCUGACGCGGUGUCCCGCAGGCACGGGCCCGGAGGUGGCGGCGUUCCGGCUGAGCGGCGGCGGCGGCCCGGCGGGGCGGCGGAGCGUCCUGCGUGAGGCCAGCGUGCAGGGGCUGCGGGCCGAGCCCCGCGGCGGCGGCGGCGGCGGCGGCGGGGCGGCGGUGCGGGUGGCGGCGUUCGGCGGCCGCUGGCUGGCGGUGCUGGCGGUGCGGGACGGCGGGGCGCGGUUAACGGCGUGCGGGGCGGCGCGGGAGCUGGGGGCGCGGGUGUGGGAGGCGCGGUGGGCGGCGGGGGGGCGGCUGGCGCUGGCGCUGGGCGGCGGGGCCGUGGGCCUCUACGAGUGGCGGGGCGGCGGGCGGUGGCUGCGGCGGGCGAGCUGCGGCGGGGCCGGGGCGCUGCGCUGCGCCGCGCUGGCGGGGACGGGCUGGGGGCGGCUGGCGCUGGCGGCCGGGACGGCGGCGGGGACCGUGGUGGUGUGGCGGGCGGCGGAGGCGGCGGCCCCGCGGCGGCGGCUGCGGGGACACCGGGGCGCGGUGCUGGCGCUUUGCUACGCGGCGUCGCGGGGGUUGCUCGCCUCCGCCUCCGAGGACCGCAGCGUGCGGCUCUGGGCCGUGGGCGAGCUGGGCGGCGGGGACGGGGACGGCGAGGGCUCCUGCCUGCUGGUGUGCUACGGGCACGGGGCGCGGGUGGCCGCCGUGGCGUUGCGGGGGCCGCACCCGGUCAGCGCCGGGGAGGACGGCGCCUGCCUGGAGUGGGAUGGCGGCGGCGGCGUGCGGCGGGCGCGGCGGGGGCACCGCGGGGCCCUGCGCGCCCUGGCCCUGCGUCCCGCCGGCGGCUGCCUCGCCACGGGCGGCGACGACGGCGGCGUCCGGCUGUGGCGGCCCCGGCGGCCGGUGCCGGUGGCGGCGGCGCUGGGAGCCCCGGGGCGGCCGCGGGCCGUGCUGCUGGCGGGGCCGCGGCGGGUGCUGGCGCUGAGCGAGGAGGGGGGGCUGGCGGCCUACGGGGUGGCGGCGGGGCGCUGGGGGCCGGUGCUGCCGCCCCCCGCCGCCGGCGGGGCCCGCGGGGUGCUGGCGGCCGCCCCGCUGCCCGGCGGCGACGAGGAGACCCUCUGCGCCCUGGCCGGGGGCGACGGGCGCCUCCUCCUCUUCGCCCUGAGUCGCCCCGGGGCCGGCACCGAACUGGGGCUGUUCGAGGGGGCCGUGCGGGGGCUGGGCUGGGCCCCCCACCCCGAGCAGCCCCCCGACUCCGCCGCCUUCCUGGCCUCUGGGCCCGACGGGGAGAUGCUCUGGCUGGACGUCACCCACCGCCCCGGGCGGGCGCCCCGGGCGCGGCUCAUGGGACGGUACCUGCUGCGGCCCUGCAAGCAGCGCUGGCACACCUGCGCAGCCUUCCUGCCCCAGGGCGGGCUCCUGGUCUGCGGGGACCGCCGGGGCUCCCUCCUCCUCUUCUCUUGCAGCAGCUCCUCGCGGUGGGCUGCGGAAAGCACCGGCGUUGCCGAUGGCGGCACCCACGCAGGUGGCGAGGACUCCGGUGGCGAGUCAGAGCCCUCUUGCUUGCUGCACAAAGGGGCUCUUCCCGUCGAGGCCCCGCUCUCUGUGCUCUUUGGGCUCCACGGGAAGAUGGGGGUUACCUCAGUGACUUGCCACAAGGGCUACAUUUACAGCACCGGCCGGGACGGUGUCUACCGCCAGCUCCGCCUGCAGGGCCGGCAGCUGGAGGUCCUGCGGAAGCACCGGCCCUGCAAAGGGCUGCAGUGGAUCGAGGAGCUGCGCUUCACCCCAGAUGGGGACCUGCUCGUGCUGGGCUUUCAUGCCGACAACUUCGUGGUGUGGAGCAGCAGGAACGGCGAGAACCUCCACUGCGUCCCCUGCGGCGGGGGGCACCGCUCCUGGAGCUACUGCAGCAGCCCCUCGGCCGAGGCCUUCGCCUUCAUCAAGUGUGGGGACGUGAUGCUGUACUGCUGCGAGGCCGAGCCCUGCGAGCAGAAGGUGCUCCUGGCGUCUCUGCAUGGGCGGGAGAUUGUCUGCGUGCGGCGCCUGGGGGCCGUGGAGGUGCCUGGCCGUGCCGCCCUUAACAUCUUCAUCACCGGCAGUGAGGACACCACGGCCUGCGUCCUGGCGCUCAGCGAGCACUCCCGGGCAGCCGUGCCCCUCGCCCACCUCAGUGACCACAUUUCCAGCGUGAGGGCGCUGGCGCUGUCCGGCCCCACGGGACCUGGUGAUAAGGACUUUGGUGAUGAGGGUUUGUCAGCCCUGCUCUUCUCUGCGGGCGGCCGCGCGCAGAUCGAGUGCUACCGGCUGCUGUGUGCUGGGGACCCAGCCUCUGAGAGCAGGGUGGCCUGCCAGGUCAUCCACGUGGCUUCCCACCGGCUGGAUGAGCAGUGGGAGCGGAAGAAGAACAGGCACAAGCUUGUCAAGAUGGACCCGGAGACGAGGUACAUGUCCCUCUCAGUCGUGCCCGAGACCAGUAGUGAGCAGCUACCGAUGCCCUGGAAGUUCCUGGCUGCCGCCUGCAGCGAUGGAUCAGUCCGGGUCUUUGGGCUGCUGGAGGCCACCCGGAAGCUGGUGCUGGUGGCGGAGUCAUUCCACCACCAGCGCUGUGUGCUGAAGGUGGAGGCGUUCCUGCACACGCGGGCAGGCGGGGUGAGGAGGCACCUCCUGUGCAGCGCAGCCACCGACGGCAGCCUCGCCUUCUGGGACAUCACCAGCCCCAUCGCGGACGCGGUGGAUGCCCUGCACCGAGCGGAGGGGGAGAUGCAGCCCCUGGACCUGGGCGCCCCGCUGCUCACCGUCACGGCCCACAGCUGCGGCGUGAACAGCCUCCACGUCCGCCAGACCCCGGAGGGACAGUACCUGGUGGCCAGCGGCAGCGACGACGGCUCCAUCCACGUCUGCCUGCUGGAGGUGGCCCUGGGUGGUGGCGAGGCCGCAGCAGGGACCCGCCUGCACGUCCUGGAGCGAGCGGCCAGGCCCUGCGCCCAUGCCGCCCACGUAACGGGGAUCCGGGUGCUGCGCCCGGACCUGCUGCUCUCCGCCUCGGUGGAUCAGCGCCUGACGCUGUGGCGCCGGGGGCUGGACGGGCUGGGGGUGCUCAGCACCACCUUCUUCCACGUGCCCGACCUGGCCGAGCUGGACUGCUGGGAGGUGGCGGAGGCUGGCGGGGAGCUGCGGUACUACUGCGUGCUCUGCGGGCAGGGCCUGGAGAUGCUGCAAGGCACGGCCCCCCCCGAGCCCCCUCCGCCGGAGGCUCCCCAGUAACGGGGCAGGCGUGCGGCACGCACCACCCCCCACCUGCCUGCAGACAGCACCCUGCGCUUGUGCUCUGCCCAGCGCUUGCAGCUCCUGUCCCAGCCUGUGUGCUGAUGUGAGGGGA